AUGACUACUGCUCAUAGACCAACGUGGUAUAAUGCUAUAGGUGGAGAAAAUCAAGGUGGAAAUAGAAAAGUAAGUCAGACUGUUAAGGUUUGUAGUAGAGACUUACCUAGUCAUACUAAAAUGAAAACAAGAGAUUUAAGUGAUUAUGUAGAAGAUAAAACUUUGAUUAAAAAUAAUUUACUUAAAUUAGAAAAUAACAACAAUAAUGAUACAAAAACUAAUAAGUUAUUAGCUAUUGAAAAUAUAAAGAAAUAUACAAAUCAAGAAUACACAAAUCCAUUUCCUCAAGAUGAAGAUGAUGAGAUUGAUGAUGAUUUUAAGUCAUAUAAAAAAAAAGAUAAAAAAAAAAAAAAAAAAAAUUUUAAAAUAAACAUUUCAAAUAACAAUGAUACCAAUAAAAAAGAUACAGAUAACGAAAAAGAUGAAGAAUAUGAAGAUGAAAACGACGAAUAUGAAGAUGAAUAUGAAGAUGAUGAUGAUGAUGACGAUGAUGACGAUGAUGAUGAUGAUGACGAAGAAAAGGAGUUACUAAGAGAACUAGAAAAUUUAAAGAGAGAAAAAUUAGAAAAAUUAAAAAAAGAAAAAGAAGAACAAGAAAUAAUGAAAAACAAAAAGAAUAAUGUACUAACAAAUAAUCCUUUAAUUAAUUUAGAAGAUAGCGAUAACGAAAAUUCAGAAAAAAAUGUAAAAAAAAGAAAAUGGACAGAAGAGGCUAUAUUUAGAAAUACUUGCGAAAGAAAAGAAAAAAAAGUUUCUUUUAUCAAUGAUACUGUUCGUAGUGCUUUUCAUAAAAAGUUUUUAUUUAAAUAUAUCCACUAA